AUGCGCCCAUUAACGGAUGAAGAAAUGAAGACUGUGUUGGACAAGUUGGCCAACUACAUGUCCGACCUCAAAAGCUUGAUCGCGCCCCUCGAAGACGGCGACCGCUAUGUCAUGCGACUCAACCACUCCCGCGUAUACUACGUCAAGCUCUCCAUCGCCAACCUGGCCACCAGCAUCAGCCGCGACGCCCUCCUCAGCCUCGGCACCUGCUUGGGGAAGAUGACCAAGUCGGGCAAGUUCCGCCUGCAUAUCACGGCGCUCCCCAUCAUCGCAUCCGGUGCUCGUCACAAGAUUUGGGUCAAGGAUAACGGGGCGCAGCCGUUCUUGUAUGGGUCCAACGUGGUCAAGGCGCAUGUUGGGCGGUGGUCGGAGGACUGUCCCGAACACCAGGGAUGUGUGAUUUAUAGCAUGUCGGAUGUGCCGUUGGGGUUUGGUGUGACUGCGAGGAGUACGACCGAGGCGAGGCGGUUGGAUCCCACGGGCAUCGUGUGUUUCCGGCAGGCGGAUUGCGGAGAGUAUCUCCGUGACGAGGACACUUUGUUUGCUGGGUAA